AUGUCUAGCCAGCCCUUUUCCUUCCCUCCUCCGCCUCCACCUCCUCCCAAACGAACGGAGGCGACUUUUCAGCAGAAUCAAGCCUUUCAAAGCAGCCGAGGGUCUUUUAGAGGCGGCCACUCUUCCAGAGGAUAUACAAGAGGCGGACGUGGAGGGUAUGGCAGCAACCGUCCGGGACCAACUACAUCGUCUGCAGUAUACAAUCAGAAUCGGUCGCAGAAGCCCUUGAACAAUGGUCCACAAAGAGGAAGUUUUCUCAACGCCCCGCAGAAGCGCAAUCAUAGCGCCGCAUUUGCUCCGGCACAGCAACAUCGCCCACGUCCUACGGCUGCGCCCGCAGUGCCUAGCUUUAAUGCAUCGAUCGAACACCUGUUGACUCGCAGGCCAUCCAUUGACCAAACUAGCCAGAUACCACCCGAGCCCAAGAAGGUAGAACCCAGAAAACAAAAUGCCCUCGGAUUGACCCCGGCGAAAUUUGACCAAGACUCCGAUCCAGAAGACGACGAAGAUGAGGAACAGCGUCUGGCGCACACGGCGACGUUGGGCGCGGCUGGUUACAUAUUCGAAUACAGAGGGCAUCCUUUAGCUCUGCGGACUCGAGAAGAGAUAUUGGCUUGGAUUGGAGAAAGAAGACGGCGUUACCCGACACAAGCGCGGAUCGCGGCGGCGAAGAAGGAAGCCGAGGAGAAGAAACGAAAAUGGGAGGAGGAGCAGAAGGCGAAACGAGAGGCCAGAAAAGAGGUCCUGGCCAAAAGAGAACAGGAAAGAGCCGAAAGACUCAAGGCCAUUGGGAAGGUGAAACAGCCACGCGAACAGGACCAAAGCGUUCAGGCUGGUGAGGAAUCCGCAAAUCCAAAUGCCGCCGCUCGAGCGAAAUUGAAGGCCGAUAAACUUCGCAAGAGAGCUCUCAAAGCACAACAGGAGUUGGAGAAAGCGGAGGAAGCAUUGAGACUUGCAGAGAUGAAAGAAACCACAUCGCCAGACUCGAGCGCUGCCACGAUACCCAGUCGGCCACCUACCACAGAAGCAGGCGACGUCACGUCCAGUUCAGACCUCACAGACUCAGACGCCACCUCAUCCUCUGGCUCGUCUGCAAGUUCCGACUCUGACUCCGAUACCGACUCGGAUGCUAGCUCUGAUUUGGACUCGAUUCCAGAGGUUACAAGCACUAAAGAGGCCUCUCGUGCACAUGUCUCUCUCCCGUUACAACCACAGUCAAGACUACAUGCGCCCCAAGUAUGCAAGCAUUUCGCCAAGUACAAAACGUGCAAAUGGGGAUCAAGCUGCCGCUAUUCUCAUGAUAUAACUCGGAAGCAUGGAAGAAGCGACACGGGAGCUACCACAGGCCAGCGCAAACCUACAACAACCACGGGUACCGGCAAUAUAAGGAGGAAAGGAUUGUAUCAGGUCAUGGUGGAUAAGGAGCGAGAAGAGAGUAGGAAACGCCUGCUCAGUGCCAUCAUUGGCCUAGGAGAGAAGGGACUGCUUGAGAGUCCAGCACAGAAGGCAGAGGGCAUUGAAUAG